UUUGUUAGUCCUCACCUGCCCCAGAAUCUCCCAGGUUAGAAGAUCUUAGCCACUCUUUUGCCCUGUUUCAAUUGAAGGUCGACGGUCAUGGCAUUCUCAACUGGCUAUUUACAGGCCGCAAGCUGAAAUUCUUAUAAACUCUCUCAUCAAGUGGAUUUUAGGUAUAUGGGCCAUCUAUGGUGGGACCAAACAGAUCAACAGUCUGGAUCAUUGAACCAUGGGCCCCACUUCCUUAAACUUAGAAAUCCAAGUAGACCCUAAAUCCUUGGGUCGAGGAUGACAUAAAGCAUCCGAUGGGAGAAAAACCAGGAUCUUCCUCCCUCACCUCCUCCUGAGGUCGUUCUUUCCAUUCGCAAGACUCCUCUACAACGGCAGAUCGGACGCCACGUCAUCCACAGCGAUGCCUUCCACCGUCCGAUCCUUCUCUCUCGUCUUCCUCCUCAUUUUCCUCAUCAUCUCUGCCGCUCCUUCCACCGCUCUCGAAUCUGAUCACAAGUAUCAAUUAGGUGACCCUGUUACCCUCUGGGUGAACAAGGUCGGUCCUUACAACAAUCCUCAGGAAACAUAUAACUAUUACAGUCUUCCAUUCUGCCAUUCAUCCAGCAACCCGGCUCACAAAUGGGGUGGACUUGGUGAAGUUUUGGGUGGAAAUGAGCUUAUCGACAGCCAGAUUGAAAUUAAAUUUCAGAAAAAUGUUGAUCGGAUCCUUAUUUGUCGACUCGAAUUGGACUCCUCAAAGGUGCAGCAGUUCAGGGAUGCCAUUGACAAUGCAUAUUGGUUUGAGUUCUUCAUGGAUGACUUGCCUUUAUGGGGUUUUGUUGGUGAUCGACGUCCUGAUAAAAGCAAUGAAAACAAGCAUUUACUUUUAACUCACAAGACUAUCAUUGUUAGGUACAAUGGAGAUCAGAUUAUUCACGUCAAUCUGACUCAAGACAGCCCUAAACCUCUGGAAGUUGGGAAAACAGUUGACCUGACAUAUUCUGUCAAAUGGGCUCCAACAAAUAUAACUUUUGCACGACGCUUUGAUGUUUACUUGGACCACCCUUUUUUUGAGCACCAGAUUCACUGGUUCUCCAUUUUCAAUUCUUUCAUGAUGGUCAUCUUCCUUACUGGCUUGGUAGCAAUGAUAUUGAUGCGGACUCUUAGAAAUGACUAUGCAAAAUAUGCUCAUGAAGAUGAUGAUCUAGAGACUCUGGAAAGAGAUGUGAGUGAGGAGUCUGGAUGGAAGCUUGUCCACGGGGAUGUAUUUCGGCCUCCUCGCAACUUGGUUGUACUUUCAGCUGUGGUUGGUACAGGUGCUCAGCUUGCGAUGCUUGUUCUCCUCGUCAUCUUGUUGGCUAUCAUUGGGAUGUUGUACAUUGGACGAGGAGCAAUUGUCACAACUUUCAUUAUCUGUUAUGCUCUUACAUCAUUUAUUUCGGGUUAUGUUAGUGGUGGACUUUACUCCCGCAAUGGCGGUAAAAACUGGAUAAAGUCAAUGGUCCUCACAGCAUCCCUUUUCCCAUUUAUGUGCUUUGGAAUUGGAUUCAUACUAAACACAGUUGCCAUAUUCUACGGAUCUCUAGCUGCUAUUCCUUUUGGGACAAUGGUUGUUGUAUUUGUCAUUUGGGCAUUCAUUUCUUUUCCUCUGGCACUUCUUGGUACGGUCGUUGGCAGAAACUGGAGUGGUUCUCCAAACAAUCCCUGCCGUGUGAAGACCAUUCCUCGUCCGAUUCCUGAGAAGAAAUGGUAUCUCACACCUUCUGUCAUCUCACUGAUGGGAGGGCUGCUUCCAUUCGGCAGCAUAUUCAUUGAAAUGUAUUUUAUGUUCACAUCCUUCUGGAAUUACAAGGUGUACUAUGUCUAUGGUUUUAUGUUACUGGUUUUCCUGAUUCUCGUAAUUGUCACCAUCUGUGUUACUAUUGUGGGUACAUAUUUCUUGCUCAAUGCUGAGAACUAUCAUUGGCAAUGGACUUCAUUCUUCUCAGCGGCAUCCACAGCUGUCUACGUAUACCUUUACUCCAUCUACUAUUACCACGUGAAGACCAAGAUGUCGGGCUUCUUCCAGACCAGCUUCUAUUUUGGCUAUACAUUGAUGUUUUGUCUUGGUUUAGGAAUUCUCUGCGGAGCUGUGGGUUAUUUGGGCUCUACUCUGUUUGUAAGGAGGAUAUACAGAAACAUCAAAUGUGACUAGUGAAGUUAGGACUCAGGCAAAACACUGAGAGAACUAGAAGGCCUGAUUCAUUUGAUGCAUACAAGUGUGUCAGAAGAGCUGGUCACCUGAUGUACCUGACACAGAGAGAAGUAAACAGGGUUUUCAGGUGGCUGUGUAUCUUUUUGGAUUUUGGAGGCUUUGCAUUUUUUGGCUGUAAGUGAAAGCCUUCCUAUCUAGAGCAGAGAUAGUGUUAUAUCUAGAAAAUCAUAUUUGACUCUCACUUUUAAUGUGUUUACAUCACCUUUGCUUUGGCAGGCA